AGCACAUCCACCCACAUGGUCAGUGAUGGAGAUAAGAUCUCAAGUUGCCCUCAGCUCCUCUUGGGGAAUAUCUGGAGACCUUCAGAAUGUCCUAUUCAUCAGAAACAGUACGACUGGUGUACCCCUGGAUGAGCCACUAUCAUCUGAGAGAUCACCUGCUACACCUCUAACGCUAGAUCGCCCUGACGGCGAUGAGCUUUGCUACCUCAACGUUGACCUAACUGGCCUGAGGGGCUACUUGCCUUCAGGGCUCGAGCUCCUCAGUGAGUCCAGGACCAUCGAGGUGUACGACAAACAGAGAGACGAGUAUCUGGAUACUGUCAGGGGAGUCAUGGUCAAGACACGGGAUGGAUGCAAGCUGUAUUCUUGUGUGUUUGAUCUCUCCAGUGAUAACAUCUUCAACAAUAUAUCGGUCAAACUACUAUCGCUCAAGGGUAAAGAACAUGUUCAUCUCCGGAAACUGCUCCUGGAUGUCAGUGAAGAUCACGGUGGAAGUAGGGAAGAAACAAGCUCCAAAUCGUCCUCAGCAUAUCAUCACCAACUGCUCUCCUCGUUGGCCUCACAGAAGCUCCCACCCUUACUACAAGGUUUGGUCUCCUCCCUACAGUUGGCUUCAUCGAGGGACCCAGGCUCUAACGCACCCUCUGAUCUGAUAGGAAUGUCCCAUGCCCUCAGAGAAGUCCACAGUGUUCUAUCACCACCCCCCGUCAACGAGCCUACACCGACCACCCAGACAACUACUGAAGAGCCUAAUAUCGAGGAGCCAGCUACUGUUUCUGAUGUAACCGCAUCUCAACCUUACCAGGAUGAACUGUUAUCUAAACUCGAAGAGAGACUGAAAACUUACAUAGACACUAAGUUUGCUGAAUUGGAACAGAAAAUAGAAACCCGAUUGGAGAGUAUUUUCACGGACAGAGUUAAUGGACCGCCCCCGACUCUACCUCCUCAUGUAAACAAUGAAGAAACUAACUGUUAUGGUUUAGUAGAAGAUCUAAGUCAGCUAGAUUAAUUACACUGUAGUACAGCAGCAAUUUUUAUUGUCAUUAUUACAAAAACAGAAGUGAAAUGUG